AUGGUCGGCCGCCAAACCCCCUUCCUACUGGCCUGGUCACUCACCCACAGAGGGUUUGACAGUCCAAGAUGGACUCUGUCCAUCAAACUAAGACCAGAGUUAGGAGUUGAGUGGAGAAUAAAGUGCUGUUUUUUGGUAACGAAUGCCUCCUCUGAUCCUUCAGCCAUCUGCCAACUCUUCCUCAUGAGGUCCUGCAGGAGGCCAACACCUCACUGGUCUGAAGCUGUCCUCCUGAACAUCGUGUUGUCCUUCUUCUCUCUGAUCACAGCAGUUCUAAACCUCCUCAUCAUAAUCUCAGUCUCCUAUUUCAGGAAGCUCCAGAAACCUUCUAACAUCCUCAUCCUCUCUCUGGCUGUGUCAGAUUUCUUUGUUGGCUUUUUAAUCAUUCCAUUUGAACUCUUUAGAAAGACAAAAUGCUGGAUUCUCGGUAAUAUCACAUGUUUAUUUUACUAUUAUGUUGCCAUGUUGUCUGUCGGUGCUUCAACUGGGACCAUUGUUCUCAUAUCAGCUGAUCGCUAUGUGGCUAUUUGUUACCCUCUGCAUUAUCCCACCAGAAUAACCUUACCUAGAAUUAAACGCUGUGUUUGUCUCUGUUGGACCUGUGCUGCUUUCUAUGUAACUUGCUUGUUAAAAGAUGAGCUGAUUCAGCCAGGCAGGAGUAAUUCCUGCAUUGGAGAAUGUACAGUAUCUUUUGACUAUUUUGUAGGAACUUUUGAUCUGUUUAUAACCUUUUUAUUUCCAGUUACAGUCAUCAUAGUUCUGUAUAUGAGAGUAUUUGUGGUGGCUGUGACUCAGGCUCGUGCCAUGUACUCUCACAAUAGAAGUGUCACCCUUCAGCUUUCAGUGCAACAACAAACAAAGAAAUCAGAGCUAAAAGCAGCCAGAACACUGGGUGUUCUUGUUGUUGCAUAUCUGAUGUGUUUCUGUCCAUAUUACUGCUGCUUUUAUUUUAUAGAUAGUUUUACAACUACAACAUUUGUUUCAUUCUUGUUCCUUCUCAUGUUUCUUAACUCCUGUCUAAACCCUCUGAUCUAUGCCAUGUUUUAUCCCUGGUUCAGAAAAGCUGUUAAACAUAUUGUAACUUUACAGAUCCUGAAGCCUGGCUCCUGUGAGGCCAACAUACUGUAGAUACUGUGGACUGAGGGACGUACAACCUCCUGAACAGUUUACAAUUCUAAAAUCUAAAGUCCAGUGAAGGAGAAAAUAGUUUUCUUCAUUUCCCACAUUAUCAACAUAAAUGUAUGUAGAGAGCAGGGCCGGUCCUAGGCUGGCAUAUUUGAGGGGGCAGACAGAAUUGUGACGGUGGAAGAUUGUGUUGAUGGAAGAGGAAAAGGUGUGCUGGUGGUGGAGGUAUUCCAGGAUCUUUUAGUCAUGUGAUUGGAUUGCAUUUUGUUACACUUUGAUCUUCCCAUUUUUUAAACCUGCAGAUAAAGGGGGUAAAAUUGUCAUACAAAAUAUGGAUGACUACAAAAAAGAAGCCUAUUGUCAACUGAAUGAUCCAUGUUUCUAUAAGAAACUAAGAUCCAAUCCCACUCAACAUGUCCAGCAAAAAAUCCUUGAAUACAUAC